GGCGGGGGUGCUUCGUGCGCCCGGCUGGGCGCGCUGAGGGUCUGGGAGGAGGGCGGCUGGGGGGUGAGGGUUUCGCCAUGCGGUCCCUGAACAUCACCCCGGAGCAGUUCGCGCAGCUCCUGCGGGACAACAACGUGACGCGGGAGCAGUUCAUCGCCCUGUACGGGCUGCGGCCGCUCGUCUACAUCCCCGAGCUGCCCCGGCGCGCCAAGGCGGCCUUCGUCCUCGUCUGCGCGCUCAUCUUCGCCCUGGCGCUGUUCGGCAACUGCCUGGUGCUCUACGUGGUCACCCGCAGCCGCGCCAUGAGGACCGUCACCAACAUCUUCAUCUGCUCCCUGGCGCUCAGCGACCUCCUCAUCGCCUUCUUCUGCGUGCCCUUCACCAUGCUGCAGAACAUCUCCUCCAACUGGCUGGGCGGUGCCUUUGCGUGCAAGAUGGUACCAUUUGUUCAAUCCACUGCUAUUGUAACUGAGAUUCUUACAAUGACCUGCAUUGCUGUGGAAAGACAUCAGGGAAUUGUGCAUCCACUAAAAAUGAAAUGGCAGUACACCAAUAAAAGAGCUUUCACGAUGCUUGGCAUAGUCUGGUUGCUGGCAGUUAUUGUUGGGUCACCUAUGUGGCAUGUUCAACGGCUUGAGGUUAAAUAUGACUUCUUGUAUGAAAAAGUCUAUGUUUGUUGCCUGGAAGAAUGGGCCAGUCCAAUUUAUCAGAAGAUAUAUACCACCUUUAUUCUUGUUAUACUCUUUCUUCUUCCACUGAUAUUGAUGCUUUUUUUGUAUACUAAAAUUGGUUAUGAACUAUGGAUUAAGAAACGAGUGGGAGAUGCUUCUGUUCUUCAAACCAUUCAUGGGAACGAAAUGUCUAAAAUAUCAAGGAAGAAGAAGCGAGCAAUUGUUAUGAUGGUGACAGUGGUGUUUCUCUUUGCAGUCUGUUGGGCCCCUUUCCAUGUGAUCCACAUGAUGAUAGAAUACAGUAACUUUGAAAAGGAGUAUGAUGAUGUAACAGUCAAAAUGAUCUUUGCAAUCGUUCAAAUUGUAGGAUUCUUCAAUUCUAUUUGCAACCCUAUUGUGUAUGCUUUCAUGAAUGAAAACUUCAAGAAAAAUUUUCUGUCUGCCAUCUGCUUCUGCAUUGUCAAAGAAAAUGUGUCACCAACCAGGCAACUUGGAAACUCAGGGAUUUCUAUGAGGCAGCAAAAGGCAAGUGUUUCUCAAAGAGAUCCCACUGACCUGGAUGAGGCCAGGAGGGAGGCAUUCAGUGAUGGCAACAUUGAAGUCAAGUUCUGCGAUCAACCGGCUUCAAAAAAGAAUUUGAAAAAGCACCUUUCCUUAUUUAGCUCUGAGACUACUGGGCAUUCUGCAUUGGGAAGUGGACAGUAGCAUUACAAAGGUUUUCAGAAUGGGAAAAAAAAUGUUCUCUUUAUAUCAUAACUUUGAACAAGCCAUUGAAAGUAAUUUUCUACUUUAAGUGUUGAAAUGAGAGAGGGGGGAAAUAUUUUGAUUAUAAUGUUGGAAUAAUGGUCAAGAAAACGUAAUAUAUUUUAUAAAGAAAAGGAAUAAAAUUUUGGAAAACAAUCUUACUGUGUAAUUUCCAGAAAAAUAUUGUUCUUCCUCAGCUAAUCUGGUGUGGGUAUACCAAACAACUGUUGGUAUAUAGGGUCUGUUUAUUCUUUCUGGUUCCUGGCACUCUGCUGGACUGUACUCAGCUGAGUGCCAGAAGACAAGAACUAUGGAGAGGGUGCACACUUCCUUUGGACAGCUUAGGAAUCUCACAUGGGUCUAAUGCUGUUUAUAAGAUCUGCUCUAUGCAGCUCUGAGGACAGAGAAACUUCGUAUUUGAGUUCAGGAAAAAUGCAGACUGAGAUGCAAUUCUGUUUUGCAAAGUAUGUGAAAGCCAGCCGGAAUUUGGUUCUGAAAAAGUUAUCAUUUAGAUUUUAUGCAUGUCUGGAUUUUGUUAACAGAAAGUUAAUAGAAAUUAACAAUGCAUGCAUAACUAAUGUGCUAUUUUUACAAGUUAACUUUUGGGUACGAAUUUAAAGGCCAGCAUCCUUCCCUGUAAACUGCAUUAUUCCUCCUGAAAAAAGUAGAAGUUGCAAAAGUUCUAUACAAAUCAAGGGCCUGCAUAUCCUGGAAGUGUGGUCAGUAAACACUGGAUUUAUCUUAGUCAUGCUUUCAUAUGCAGUUUAUGGGUUGAAAUUGUGUUGCCGUUUUCUGGAGGUAUACGAGGGCCAGGCUCAGAGCCUGUUUGACUCUACAGAAGGCUUCCAGUUGAAUACUGUAGUCUUUUGACCAGAUGUUUCUCUGAAGAUUUGCACAAACUUUUUUCUCUCUCCCUCAUCCUUGAAGUGGAUUAAAUACUGUGGAAAGCCAGUAUUACAAAGUUGAAAUCCAUAAAAUUCUAAAACAAAUAAAAUAAAAUAUUGCUGUCAGUGUGUCCAACUGAAAAAUUGUAAAAUCAAAAGUUUCUUAAGGGUGUGGGACUGGGGGGAAAAAAAAAGA